ACAAAAACACAAGAAGGAAAAGAGCAAAACAAACAGAAGACAACAACAACAAUAGUAUAGGCCUAAUGCAUCCACUUUCAAUUAAGUUAGGUUACGAUCUAAAUAAAUAUCAGGAUUAUGUCUUUCAAACGUGAUGGUGAUGAUAAAAGCCUUUUGAAGAAUCUGAAUGAUGAGCGUGUUAGAGAACUUCUUGGAAACCAUGUCCCACAAGAUGAAGCUAAGCUGUUGAGCAAUGGGAGAUUAACCUGCCUGAUUUGUAUUCAUCGACCAAUUUUUGACACAAUUAGUAUGCUUGCAAACCAUAGAAGAGGGAAACGACAUUUAUUUGAACUCAGCAAACAUAUAAAAUGUAAAGAAGAGGCGGAGAGAAAAGUAAUCCUAGAGAAGGAAAAGAAGUCACUUUUGGGGUGCAAACGUGUGGAAGCUAAACAUGUAGGCCUAUUGAAAUAUCAAAGGAAACAAAUUUUAGAUAUAGGAAAAGCUUCUAGAACCAAACUAUCUGUUCGUUCUGGUCUGAAUGAUACAGAUAACCAAGUUUCAACCUCAGUGAAACAUUACCUGAAAAAAAUGACUCGCAAAACUUCCUUGGAGAAAGUUGUGGAGAGGAAUCGAGAAAACUAUGGGAUUGAUUUACAAAAGAAUAGUCAUGAAUCGUGUUUACAAGAAAGGUUGACCGAUUCUAAACCUGUAACGACACAGUCAGCAGAAUCAACUGCUUUACGAUCUGAAAUCCAAGAAUAUGAAACAAAGCUACGUAUGUCAGGAUGGAUAAAAGAUGCAACAGGGAAAUGGAUUAAAGAUCCGAAUGUGGAGUUUGACAGUGAUGAAGAUGAUAUACCUCCUCCCCCUAUUUAUGCUGUCUUAAUAAAUAAUAAUUAAAUCAAA